AUGGUUUCCGAUGAGCACUUCGAACUGUGCUUGCCCAUCUUGCAGGAUGCAACACUAGAGGAUGAAGAUAAGACAGACAGGCUUGAGGAGCUCUUCCGCAAGGAGACCAGCCUCACCGGCACUUCACUCGACAACGCAAUAUUAGAUGCUUUGUGGCGCUAUCGCGACGGCGGAGGGACUUCAACAUCCCCGCCUCCAAUAAGGCAGACCAUCUUGCGACGUCCUUCUCCCGCCUCAUGGCGCGGUUCGCCAACUCCUAUAUCGGGCUCUCCGAGACUUGCCGUGAGCCCCCUCGCUCCCCCGGGCUUCGUUCCAUCCACCUUUGGCAGGACCAUAUCCUCGACAGUCUCUCCUUUUUCUUCGCCUCGCGCUUCGCCACGCAUGGCUCUUGCGACACCUGUCAUUCCUCAUAGUCCAAACCUCAAUGCCUACGAAUUUGCCAGCGACCCAACCCCUGCUACGGAGAUUCUUGGAGAAUACCAGACGGAAAACGUUGAGUGGCUUGUUAGUGAUGAUGCUAUCAGCGUGACUUCAUCUGUCGGAACUCCAAGUGGCCUCAACGCCGCCGCCCCCGAGUUCUCGUCCAUGUCGGCUCAGUCAGCUGAUAUGUCACCAUACGACAUGUUGCGUUCUAUCCUCGGACAAGCAAAGACCGACGAAGAGAUCGAAGCCGCCCUGGGACAGAACGGUUACGAUCUUAGUGCCACCAUCGUCUCUUUCAUGGAGAGCCAAGCUGGAGAUAAUCAACCCGGCGGUGUUUCACUAGAGGAACCCAAGAACGUCUUGAUUGGAAAGUCAGUGGAUCGUCCCUCUACUCCCCUUGGCCAACAAAAGUCCGGGGUCAUUUGCAAGUUCUACAUGUCAACUGGCCAGUGUUUGCGCGCCGAUUGCCGAUUCAGCCACGAUCUCAGCAACCAUCUGUGCAAAUACUGGGUGAUGGGAAAUUGCUUAGCUGGAGAGACAUGUAUUUUUUCUCACGACCCCACAAAACUCAUGAACAAGCUGGCACUUGAUGGCGCCAGCACACCACCAACGGGCAAGGGGGGUUUACAGCUGGGAGAUCUCAGCUCUUUCCCCUCGCUUCGUCCUGGCACCCCCGAUCACUUGAACGGCUACGGUGGAAGCUUCCCUGCUAUAGGUAUAACACCACCACCAGGCUUGAAGCAUUAUCAGGGUACUUCCAGCCCUCGUGCUCGAUCUCGCCCAGGCAGUCGACAUCAGACCAGGGAGGCAGACAUUUCGGCACCUGCUUUGGACGACAACGACGCAUUCCCGUCACUAGGCUCUGCUUCCGCCAAGCAGGGUAAGAAGCACCACGGGAAGCGCGGCCACGGGCACAAGGAGAACAUGAUGCCAAAUUCCUUGGCUGAUAUUAUCAAGAUGUCUCCCUCGCCUACCCCUGUUCGCCCUGAGCUUAAGAGAGGGGUGGGACGCAACGGGAGCUCAACGAUCGCACGAAAUGGAGAAAACAGUGCCGCUGCUCAAGCAAUCCCCAGCCCUAAGCAUAUCCCAUGGCUAGAAACUGGCGAGCGGGCCAACAAGGCGUAUCUGAAGGCUCGCCAAGAGGCUAUUAAGCACGGCGGCCUUCGUAACAAGUUUCUGCAAAGUGCUGCGCAGGCAUGGAAUCGGAAUGAUGCUAGGGCUGCUAAGGCUCUCAGUUUACGAGGACAAAGCGAGAACGAUCUUAUGCGUAAAGCUCAUCGAGAGGCGGCAAGGGAGCUGUACGAGGAGCGUAACAAGGGCGGCCCCAAUAGCGUAGAGCUAUACGUCGACCUUCACGGUCUUCACCCCGAGGAGGCGGUCGAGUACCUUGAAAAGGUUUUGAUGGAGAACGAUCGAGAAUCGCAGCCUAUGUAUGCUAUCACUGGCUCUGGACACCACAGUAAGAACGGCAAGGACAAGGUUGGCAGAGCGAUUCGCAAUUUUCUCAACGAGUGGAGGUACGCGUACCGGGAGUUCUCGGUUCCUGGAGAUCGCAACAACAUGGGAGGAAUCCUAGGUAUCGAUGCUCGCAGCUGGGACAAGUCUCUCGCAAAAGACGGUGAUGCGGAUGAUGACAAGGAAGAGGUGGAUAUCUUGAGCCAGGGCGUCGAAAUUGGCGAUGGCAAGGUCAGGCUCUUGGUGCGAGAUCCGCCCAAGGGUCCCAGCGGUCGUCGAUGA